AUGGCUGUUGAUAACAAUGAUCAGCCCGCUAUGGGCGGCGUCAUGGCUGUUUUGCCGAACCCUACGACGCCUUGGUACAAGCAGGCUCAUUUGGCCAAGCUUAAUGGUCUUAUCCUUGGUUUGGUCUGCUUUCAGUCUGCCAUUGGAUAUGAUGGUAGUUUGCUCAACUCCCUCCAGUCCUUCCCCCAAUGGAACACCUUCAUGGGUAACCCGACCGGCGAGUGGUCCGGAUUCAUCAACUGUUCCUACUUCAUCGGCUUCAUCGUCGCCUGCCCUCCCAGCUCAUGGCUCGCCAACAGAUUUGGCCGUCGUAUACCAAUCUUCGUUGCUUUCAUUCCACUUGCAAUUGGAGUUGGUCUCCAAACAAGUGCCCAAUCUGAAGCUCAAUGGAUUGCUGGUCGUUUCAUUCUUGGUCUGCCAACUGGCAUGUUCGCCACUGCGGUACCUCUUCUCAUCACCGAGAUUGCCUAUCCUAGUCAGCGAAGUGUUGUUUCGGCUCUCAUGAACUGUAACUACUUCGUUGGUGGUAUCAUUGCAUCUUGGGCCUCGUAUGGUACGAGACACUAUGAUGACUGGGCGUGGAGAAUUCCUACCCUUCUUCAAAUCGCCUUGCCUCUAUGUGGUCUUCCUGCUCUGAUCAUGGUUGAUGAAAGCCCUCGAUGGCUGAUCUCCAUGGGACGUGAAGAGGAGGCUCGCCGAAUUUUGGCAAAGAUGCACGCUGGAGGCGAUGUCAACCACCCUCUCGUCGACUUCGAACUCCACGAAAUUAUCACAGCCAUCGAAUCCGAGAAACAAGCCACCAAGUCCACAUCCUACAUGACCCUGGUCUCCACCAAGGCUCACCGUCGACGAUUCUUCAUCACUCUCACCCUCGCCAUUUACUGUCAAUGGGUUGGUAACGGAGUCGUCAGCUACUACCUUGCCACAGUCCUCAGCACAGUCGGUAUCACUAGCGUCACUGAUCAGACUUUGAUCAAUGGCUGCCUUCAGAUCUGGAGCUUGAUCGCUGCAUGCACUGGUGCCUUGUGUGUUGAGCGUCUUGGACGACGUCCUCUUCUCUUGCUAUCUUGCGCUAUCAUGCUUGUCAGCUUUAUCCUAAUCACUGCUUUGUCAGGAAGCUUCGCUGCCAGUGGAUCCAAGGCUGUUGGUAUCACCAUGAUCCCAUUCAUCUUCUGUUUCAAUGCCGGUUACGGUGUUGCUAUUACUCCUCUCCAAGUCGCCUACCCUCUCGAGCUGUGGCCCUUCCAGCUUCGCAGCCGUGGUAUGUCCGCGCUCUGGAUUAUCAUGAUCUCCGCCCUCAUUUUCAACGUGUUCGUAAACCCAAUCGCUUUGGCUGCUAUUGGCUGGAAGUACUACAUCGUCUACGUGGCCCUGCUCGUCUCUUACGGUCUCGUUAUCUUCUUCUUCUACCCCGAGACUAAGGGACGUACACUCGAGGAGAUCUCUGUCGUCUUCGGUGACGCACCUGAAGGUCUUUAUGAGACUGAAAACACCAAGGUUUCGGAGAAGGCGGAUGUUAAGCACUUUGAUUAA